AUGGAUCUGAUUCUGCCCUUGACCUCUGCCCAAGGCUGGCUUUGGGUUAUUGAUAUCGAAACUGUGGGCUAUGCAGGGAAGGAAGGAAGCUGGACAUCAGCGAGUCUCUUGGUCGGGCUUUUCGUUGGAUUCGCGCCGGAUGAGAGUAUUCGACAUUCAGCGAGUUUUGACUGGCUAUUCAUGGAGACUGGCGGCCACAUUAGAGCUGUGUCCAAGAGUGAGCUGCAUGCAGACGCAGCAGACCUUAAAAUGACCAUGUAUCAAACCUUCGCCAUGACCUCCAAAGCCAAGUACGAGAGCAUCUGA